UGAUUCGUAAGAACGACCUAUAUGAAAUGUUAAAAAUAUAUCAUAUCAUAUCAUAACCAUGUUUAUUGUUAUUGUUCACUGAGUGCAGCGCUUCUGAAGAAACGUCACAUGACCACUUGAGCAUCACAUGACUGCCUCACUUUUGACGGACGCGGAAGUGGAAACACCAGCUAAAGUAAAAACACAAAGCUGCGGAAUAAAGGACUGUAACGUUACAUAAAACGAUAUGAGUGACGAAUAUUAUCUAGAGCUCAGUGAAAACCCCGUGCAGUUUGAGAACGCGUCCAGCGUCAACAAUGUGUUUUUCGACGAGGCGAAUAAACAGGUGUUUGCUGUACGAUCUGGUGGGGCCACAGGUGUUGUGGUUAAAGGGCCAGAUGACAAGAGCUCAGUGGCUUUCAGAAUGGAUGACAAAGGAGAGGUGAAGUGUAUCAAAUUCUCAUUGGGGAACAAAAUCUUAGCUGUGCAGCGCACUACAAAAUCAGUUGUGCUGCCUGAUAAGCGAACCCUGAAGCUCUUAAAGAGCCAGAGCAUCAAUGUGAACUGGUACAUGUAUUGCCCAGAGACGGCCGUUCUUCUCCUUUCCACCACAGUACAGGGUAAUGUGCUGCAGCCAUUUGCUUUCAAGAGUGCGACAGUGUCAAAGAUGUCCAAGUUUGAGAUUGAACUGCCAGCGGUGCCCAAACCAGCCAAACUCAGCCUUUCUGAGCGGGACAUCGCUGUGGCUACAAUUUAUGAUCAGCUCUAUGUGAUGUAUCUGAAGCAUCACUCCAGAAGCACCAACAGUCCUGGAGCCGAGGUGGUCCUUUAUCAUCUGCCCAGAGAAGGCACGUGUAGGAAGACUCAUGUGCUCAAACUAAACACCACGGGCAAGUUUGCGCUAAACGUGGUGGAUAAUCUAGUUGUGGUGCACCAUCAGAGCUCACAGACUUCAUUAAUUUAUGAUAUAAAACUGAGGGAAUUAGAUGGUGCAUUAAAUGUGCAUCAGCCUGUGCUUCCUGCUCGAUCCAUCAACCCCUACAAGAUCCAUCUCACAGGACCUGCGGCCGCUCCAAGUCAGGCCCCGGUGCCCUGUGAACUUUACUCAUCUUCCUGGAGUGUGUUUCAACCAGAUAUCAUCAUCAGUGCCAGUGAAGGAUAUUUGUGGUACCUCCAGGUGAAGCUGCAGCCUACGCUGAAUCUCCUGCAGGAUAAAGGCAAACUCAUGGACUUCCUGUUGCGGAGACGAGACUGCAAAAUGGUCAUCUUGUCUGUAUGCUCGCUAAUGCUUACAGGAGGGGAUAAAGGGAACCUGUCUGUGGUGGCCACAGUGUUUGAUAAACUCAACCAAGUGUACAAAGAGUACCUGGAUGCAGAGCAAGCGUAUACUGCGGCUAUGGAAUCAGGGCCCAGUCGCUCCAGCACUUCUUAUAAAAGGCCGGUCCGGACUCAGGCGGUGAUCGACCAGUCAGACAUGUACACACACGUGCUGUCUGACUUCACUGAGAAGAAGGGAGUGAAACAUAAGUUCAUCAUUGCAGUUCUCAUGGAGUACAUUCGUUCUCUUAACCAGUUUCAGAUUCCCGUUCAGCAUUAUUUGUAUGAGCUAGUCAUCAAAACUCUUGUCCAGCACAACCUCUUCUACAUGCUGCACCAAUUUCUUCAGUAUCACGUCCUGAGCGACUCCAAACCACUGGCCUGUCUGCUGCUCUCUCUGGAGAGCACAUAUCCACCUGCUCACCAGCUCUCUCUAGACAUGCUGAAGAGGCUCUCCACCGCUAACGAUGAGAUCGUGGAGGUUCUCCUGUCCAAGCAGCAGGUUUUGGGCGCUCUGCGUUUCAUUCGAAGCGUCGGCGCCCACGAUAACGUCUCCGCACGGAAGUUUCUAGAUGCCGCGCGGCAAACAAACGACACUAUGUUGUUCUACACCAUCUUCCGCUUCUUCGAGCAGAGGAAUAUGCGGUUGCGUGGAAAUCCUGGUUUCAGCCAAGGAGAGCACUGUGAGGAGCAUGUGGCCUACUUUAAGCAAGUGUUUGGAGAGAACGCUUUGAUGAAACAAGCCACGGCAUGAAAGACCACAGUAAGAGCAGGAACAAUGGUUUAUCGAGGAGGAAACGGUAUUGCGUUGAGCAGAAUGAAAAGCUCACAUGAACACUAGAGAGAGUUAAAAGAGACACUUUAUCAUCUUACUGUACAUGCAUGUUUGCAUAAAGUACAGAUGUUUUAAUAGACUGGUGUUUGAAUGGAGGAUUACUAAUAUCGCCACAAUGCAAAAGAGUGCUCAACUAACCCUGUCUGUACUGUAUGCUGAUAAUGUAGAUAUUUUAAAAAGAAAUCUCUAGCUUUUACAGUGUAUAUAUAAUAAUAAAUAUAAUAUGUACAUAUA